AUGAGCAUGUCCCUGAAAGCCUCCCCGCCCAAAGUCGUGGCCCGCCGAGCCAAACCCGGCAGCGCCCUCAUCUCCUCAUCGGCCUGGCCCCGAGGCACUACGACAACGGCCGGCAAAGCGCCACGCGGCCCGCGGCCAAGACCUCGCCGCGCCCCUAUUCCGCAACAAGACCACUCGACCGGCACUCGACCACCUGAUUUCCGCCACUGCGACGCCAUGGCAAGCAGCGACAUGGCGAAGAAGCCGACACGCGAGAGAUGCAAAGCCUCGACGAGUCUUUCCACAUCGAGUGCGUCGACGCGCCCAUGCAUCGGAGGAAGCGCUCGCGGGAAGAGCGGGAAAACGCCGAGUACGAAAUAUGAGCGCAACAACCCCAAGAUCCAGCAGCAGUUCGCCGAUCUGAAACGGGCCCUGUCCACCAUCGCAGACGACGUAUGGACUCCUCGCGACCGUCGAUGCCACGAAUAUCUGGCAAGAGAGGCCAUCCAGAAGGCCAUGAACUGGCUCGCGCCGCAUUCAAUAGGGACCUCCACUGCUUCUUCCAGACUCUUCAGGCCCGCCGCGACCAACGAAGAGCAGGCAAGCCUGCAAUCUCAUCCCACAGAGAAGUCGUGA